UUGUCAUUUUGAAGAGACAUUUUUGCCAAAAAUAAGAAUAAUGUAAAUACCUGUCAAAUUUUUUUGAGUAAAACCACACUUUUAUGUAACUAAAAUUAUCAUGGAGCCUCCAGAAAAAGGUGCCAGCAAACCCUGCCUUGAAGGACCAAUUGUUAAAAUCAGUGAAAACUAUGGCGGACUUGGAGCCCAUUUUUUGGACAGAUUAUUUGAAAAUUUAAACAAAAUUAACCAGAUAGACACAGUAACUGGUAUAACAGAAAGCAACGGUUCCGUUCGUUCGAGAGCCAUUCAGAUAGCUCACGAAAUUCGCCAUUUGGGAGUAGUCGAAAAUGAUAUAGUUGUGAUAUGUUGCCGAAGUCACGCUGACCAAACCAUAGUAGUCCUCGCUUGCCUCCUCAUUGGUGCAAUUGUAGCCCCCAUAGAUGCAGAACUGCACCAUAAAGAAUGUGUGGGAAUCGUGACGCAACUUAAACCAAAAAUGUGCUUUUGUGAUUUGCGAACUUUGAAACAAAUUGAACGAAUUCUCGCUGAAACAGGAAUUAAGUCUAAAUUGGUGCAUUUUGGAGACCAACAACAGUACGCUUUAGCAUUCCGAAAACUAUUAUCAAAUAGACAAUAUCCAGAAGAUUUUAAACCUAUAAUUGUUGAACAACCAAGAAAAAAAGUUGCUUUUAUUCUGGCUACACAAGGAACAACUGACACGCCAAGACUAGUCUGCCUCUCACAUCAUUUUAUUUAUUGCCAAAUAUUGGUUUUCCUUCAAACUUUGGGUUCUCCGGAAAAAAUAAUUUCGUAUUAUCCGUUAUCGUGGGUGAUGCAGGUCGUUCUGAUGUGUUUAUGUUUUGAAGUUCCGGUAGUAAGAGUUUUGACCGGAGCUUUUGUUGAAAGGACGGCUUGUAAAUUAAUUCAUGACCUCAAAAUUGAUACCGCUUUUCUCAACACGGAACUUGCGUUGCAGCUGGUGGAGCAUGUGGCUGUAAAAGAUUUUAAUUUAUCGUGUCUGAAGUGUGUUUUUAUCGGAAGUUUAGCGACAACUUCGCACGAUAUCAAAAUUCUUGUUACUCGUUUACCGAAAGUUAGGUUUUCCCAAAUGUACUGCACCACUGAAACAGGAGUAGCCAUUGCAUGCCCUCCUAGGGACUACAGCGAGUCUUUAGAACGUUGCGGAACUGUGGGAAAAGUUGUGGAAAAUUGUAAACUUAGAGUCGUUGACAUUGACACUCGAGUUGAUGUUGAUGCUGAAUGUUCUGGAGAACUGCUUGUUACAAGCGACUGUUUGAUGCUUGGAUAUUUUAAAAACUUGAGUGCAACUCAAGCAGUGAUGGAAGGAGGAUAUUUUAAAACUGGUGAUAUUGCCAGGUAUGACGCUUCCGGCUGGUUGUAUAUUGAGGGAAGAAUUUGCGAAUUUAUAUAUGUACAAGGUUGUAAAGUAUCACCACGAAAACUUGAAGAAUUAAUAAUGACACAUCCGUUUGUAAAAGACACAGCCGUUGUUAGCAACGAUAAAGAAGUGGUAGCUUGUGUGAUAACUAAAGCCGACACAAAACUUGACGAAAAUAGAUUGAUAACGUUUAUUUCCGAGAGGCUUCCUGUACAGAAUUGGCCUACUCGUAUCGUAUUUAUGACAGAUUUUCCAACAACUCCUCUAGGAAAAAUUCGACGAGACGUAUUGAAGGAAGAAGUCUUGACAGUCAAGAUCGAACACAGCGAAAGCCAGUGGCAUGUUUUAGGCUGACCUAAAUACAAUA